CUUCUUCCUUCACUCGUGUCAUGGUCGGUACGGUCAGAAGAAGGUGGAAUUUCGCGCUACUCUGGGAGUACAAAUAACAUCCGGUCCGUGUGUGUCCGUGUGUUUGGCGAGAAUUUCCUGCUGAAACGAAACGUGUGUGAGGGUCGUCUGGUGUAGUAGUAGCAGCACCAGCAGCAGCAGCAAGAGGGAGAACUGCAGCGUCCGUGAAUUGCUUCGUGACGCAUAGCAACAAAAAGGGAUCUCCCCACCUUCCACACACAAUCGCACGCAACAACACUCAAAGCAAAGCGCAAAAAUGAAAAUCUGGACAUCAGAACACGUCUUCAACCAUCCUUGGGAGACCGUGGCACAGGCCGCCUGGCGCAAAUACCCCAACCCCAUCAACACAGCCGUCAUCGGUACCGAUGUGGUGGAACGAAGGGUCGUCGACGGUGUCCUGCACACGCACCGAUUGGUCAGCUCCAAAUGGUACUUCCCACAGUGGGCACAGAAGCUCAUUGGUUCGCCGAACGUUUGCUACGCUAGCGAAAAGUCGACCGUCGAUCCGAAGGAACGGUUGAUGACGCUGAAAACGAUCAACCUCACCUUUGGCAGCUUUCUUUCAGUGUACGAAACGCUCAGCUACGUUCCACACCCGACCGAUCCGUCGAAAACGCUGCUGAAACAGGAGGCCACGGUACAGGUCGAAGGUGUCCCACUCAACCGAUACAUGGAGGACGUGCUGACGAAGAACAUCAGCACCAAUGCCGGCAAGGGACGCCAGGGGCUGGAAUGGGUGAUAGGAAAGCUGAAUGCUGAGAUGAAAGAACUGGCCAACAGUGCGGCAACCAGCACGAACGAAAUCCUGACACAGACCAAAAAAUCGCUGGACGACAUCACGGACCAGGCGCGCAAGAGCAUGGACGAACUGAGUGCCACCGCUCAGAAGAUACACAUAUAGUAACAAACGCUGCAAGGCGGCGGCGAUGGCCGCAACAUCGAAGGCCAGUGGUGGCGAAUCGGGCGGCGGCGAACCGUCGAAGGGCGCCAUCGGAACGCCGGAUGGUGGUAAGGGUGAUGAUGCUGGAGCACCAUCGCCACCAAUCCCUACGGGUUCAUCAUCAUCAUCAUCAUCAUCAUCUACGCUUCUUUUUGGACGCUAUCGGCAAGAGCAGGCUAGAAACGGUGCCGCCUUUCCCCCCGGUUCAGCAAGGCCGGCUGCUGCAGCGGCUACCAAAAGUAACACCAACAGCAACACGCAACCCUCGGCAACGAAGGGGUGGCCUGGCAAACGCGCCCAGCCUGAAGGAAAGGACAACACGUCCGUUCCGGAUCGUUCAACGAAUGGCAUUCGCUCGGGAGAUGGAAUAAAACCAGCAGCAGCAACAACAUCAACAACAACUAGUGCCUCAACCAGAGAGCAGCAACAGUCCCGUUCUUCUGCUCCUACAUCGUCGUCCUCCUCCUCUUCCGCGUCCGCAUCGUCGAAAAGUGCGCGCGGGAGUUGAUUCUGGGACCGCAGCGCAGCGAAGAAGGGGGAACCAAGCAAACACGGGUUUGGCAUUUAGGGAGCAUUGCUCCCUGUUGGUUCCAUUAUGCCAGUCAGUUCCUUUUUUUCUAUAAGGCUCGCACUUCCCCUAGCGUCCCUUUGAAAAUGUAUUUCGAUCCACAUGUCUCUCUCACACACACACACACCGUUUACACACCGCUUCUGUCCUACGUUUAUUAUUCCCAUUUCGAGGUUCCCAUUGCAGUAUGCCAUUUGUUUGUAUUAGUAAUUUAUAUACGCAAAUACUGGUGAUAACAUAGUGUUUAACGUACGUAAAGAGAGCACACGUUGGAUGUUGAAGGUUGUUUUUUUUUCUCGGAAAACGGAAAAAAAUGAACUAAAGAAGGAAGCAAAAUGAAACGAUAAAGUAAUUCUUAAAUCUAUAUUAUGUAAUCCGUUCGGAAGCGAAGGAAGGAAGAAAGAAGGAUUUGAAAGAAAUGAACUGAAAUCAGAAACCGCAGGACAGACACGAGACGACGAACGUUGAUGAUGCACGGGAGAUUGACACCCCCGGAGUAUAGCAAACGGGUGUCUGCUCUGCUGUACCGUUUGCACGAUGCUGUAAAUAAUAGCUAACUGCGCAAUUUAUUACAUUUUAUCAGGCAACAACCCCCCGUUUCGUAGUCGAUUCCCGAACAAAGCCGGAACACAAGACACGACAGACAGGUGCACGUGAGCGCGAUUGCACAAAAAGGUAUAAAAAUGGCAUACAGUGGAGGAGAGGCUGGAUUAACGUAGUGUUUAAAUAGCCACAAGUUUUACUCGUUUCCUUUCCCUUUUUGUGUUGUUCAUUAUUUUUUUGCUGUAGUUGCUAUAAGUUUAAAUAUAAUUAGGAACUUUUCAAAUUAUCACACAAAUGCUGUGCGGGAGAGACACGUUGAUGAAUGAAGUGAAUCAAAAGUGUGAAGUGUGUUUAA